AUCAAUCCUCAUAAUGAAUAAAAUGGCCGAUUGUUGUAGAGAAUGUAAAUAAUAUAUUGACGUGUAAAAAACUGCUUACAUUUUAAAUACGGAUUGACUGACGUGGUUUUAUCUAGAAAGUUGUUAAGAUAGUUUAAUAUGGCAGAUCAAGAGCAGAAAGGAAAAGAGCUUAUGGCUGAGGCUGAGAAGAAAGUGAGGUCUUCGCAGACUUUCUUCGGCAGCCUGUUUGGAGGGUCAACAACAAAACUGGAAGAAGCAAGUGAAAUCUACCAAAGGGCAGCAAAUUCCUUCAAGAUGGCAAAAGCAUGGUCAGCUGCUGGGAAAGCAUUUAAAAAAUCAGCCUCACUUGAGAAGAAGAUGAAAAACAAACCCAGAGCAGGCUACAGGCUAGCAGAAGCCGGAAGUUGCUACAAGAAGGUUGACGGUGAAGAGGCCGUGAGAUGUUUGCAGCAAGCCAUAGAAAUAUUCACAGACAUGGGUCGGUUUACAAUCGCAGCAAAACAUCUGAUAACAGUGGCAGAAAUUUACGAAGGAAACUCAAUUGAUUUAGAAAAGGCUAUCGAAUACUAUGAGAGGGCCGCAGACUACUAUAAAGGAGAGGAUUCUACUAGCUCGGCUAAUAAAUGUCUACUAAAGGUUGCGCAGUACAGUGCUCAGUUAGAAAACUAUGGAAAGUCGGUCGAGAUCUACGAAGAAGUCGCAGAAGUGGCUGUGAAGACGCCAUUAUUGAAGUACAGCGCUAAGGAUUACUUCUUCAAGGCUGCCCUCUGUCAGAUGUGUAUAGAUACCCUGAACGCAAAGCUUGCUGUACAAAAGUAUGAGGAGAUGUUCGCAGCAUUUGCAGAUAGUCGUGAAUACAAACUACUUAACAAAUUGUUAGCAGCCCUAGAGGAGGAAGAUGUUGAUGGAUAUACUGACGCUGUGAAGGAAUAUGAUUCCAUUUCCCGACUUGACCAAUGGCUUACCACUAUAUUACUGCGGAUCAAGAAAUCCAUUGGUGGCAUGGAUUUGACAUAAUUGUGUGCUAGGGUGCAGGUCAAAGGUCGUUUUAGCAAUUGUUAAAGGAAUGCUGGUAGAUGCGCUGUGAUUUCAUAUAUAAUUACUCUAACUGUACACAAUAUGAGAAAUUGUGUAAAAAAAAUAUCUAUAUUAUGCUGCUCUUAAAUUCCAAUACUGUAUAAACAAAAAAUACUGUAACUAUGUUUUAUUACUGUACAUGUUACUCUACUGUGUUACACAUUCGAUUCAAAUUUUAUUUGGCAUCAACAGACAGAGACUGCCAUCCACAGAUUCGCAAAAACUCUUCACAGUCAAAAGGCGCGAUAUCAAAUGUGUAACCAUUACGUUAGUACAUUUACAGUUUGCACUAAAACAGUAGGCAUGGUAUCUUAAAGAUUGGUCAGAAUGUAAAGAGCUAAGGUUUGUGUUGUAUUUUACACAUUUUAGGUAUUUAAUGAUAAUGGAAGAAUGAAGUAUUGUAUGUGGGAAUAUAUUUCAAAAAGAUAUACAGGAAUAUGGUAUUGAAGAAGAAAAUGUUGUCUUUUUUCUUAUUAAAUUAAUAUUAGCUGUAUAUAUAUGACAAUUAAUAGAUUGUCUUAUCAGCUAACAUUCCUAAUAGCUCUUUUCUUGUAAGAAUUUUGAAAAAUAUUAUAAUAUAAUGAUAGAUUUGAUGUAUAGCGUCAAUGAAAAAACAUAUAAUUAUCUGGUCGGCAGUGUAGCGUAAACAGAUACUAUCCCAUAAUGCUUAGCGCUAAAAACAUGACAAGACUGAAAAUUUAGUUUUAGAUUAAAUAUUUUUAAUUAUCAACUCAAACAAUUAUAACAUUUGUUUAACAGUUUCUUAAAACUGUUGUUACUACAAAAAAUGAAAAUUUACGUAAUUUAAUUUUCAACUCUCAUCCAACAGUUCUUUGUCAAGAGUGGAUAGUGAAGCUUAUAAAUAUAAUAUUCUUUUAAUCAGAGUUACCACCGUUACACUAUGAAAUAAACAGAAGUAGUCAACACAAUUAAGUCUCGGGUGAAUAUAUGGAUAAGAUUUGAUAUAAAUAAUAAAAUAUUAAGUAAUAGCUAUCUUAUUCAUUUCUAUAACCAGAAUGUUGAUUAUUUGAAUUAUUGGUCAAUUGACGGAUUGAUUGAUUGACUGACAGAUCACACUUAAUAAUAUAUUUGAUUUUUUUUUUGUACGUGUGCAUGUCUGUAACUCAUCACCUUUCCACAAAUUUUAACUGUUGUCAUUGACACUGCUAUGCAAUAUAUAAUAUUUCCAAAUUCUGAUAGAUUCAUACACUUUCUCUGUUUUAUUAUAUUGAUAAGUAAUUAUUAUUCCACCUUCAUACCCUUCACACUUCCUCCCACCCCUCUCUCUUCCCCCAUAUUUAUGCGCACACAGUUUCACAUGUUUUGUUCAUAUAUUAACAAUAAUUUAGCUCAAAGAAUCAGUUUAUAUAAUACAGUAUAUUAAAUGUAAUAUUUAUCACCGAUGUGAAAUGCAUAGGUGUACUGUGGUCAUCUCUAUACAUACAUCUCUGCAUUUUCAAUGUGAUUUACUGUUAUUCUUUAUUAUAGUUAGAUUUAUUAUAAACUUGUAUAUUCUGUGUAUUAUGAUAUAAGUCUACCAGUUAAACAAUGCAAAUGCAUUAAUUAAAUGAUGUAAUAAUUUAGUGAAUAACUUUGGUCUUUGAUUAGAUUAAACAUUAUUAUUAUUUAUUAUUAUAAAUAGUAAAUUACAAUCUUAUGACACAAUUUUCCAUUAUGUUUCAUUGUAAAGAAGACUACAUUGAUAGUCGUAAAAGCAUAAGUUCCUUUGUUUUCUACUUUAUCUAGAAAUAUAAAGUUUUAAAUUUAUAAUUUACAUAUAGUGUUUCCGAUUGUAAGUUCAUACGUGCUGGUGAUAUAAGUAUAUAUAAUUUACGGUUAAAACGGAUAUAUAGCACAUAACUUAACUGACCUUGAAUUUUUGAAGCGUCAACAUGCGUAUUCAGCUGAAAAAAAGCUGUUACUGAUCAGGGAUCACCCUCUCCCUACUGUUGAUGACAUUUGGUCGGAUGAGGGUGUUAUAGAAAGGUGACAAUUCCAGUCGUUGGUCCCGAUUAAGAUUGGGAGAUGGCUUCUGUAUAUGUAGUGCUUCUUUUACUUGAUGGAGCAAUUCCCUAUCUUCCUGAUUAAGAACUAAAUAUUGUUAUGUUUUUUGGGGUUUUUUUGUUAAUAUUUUCAUUAUUAUUUUUUUUAACAAUUAUAAUUAAAAAUAUAAUGCCACAUGAACUUACAGUAAUAUUGAAUUGCUAAUUUGCAUAUUUCAAUAAAUUAUUAGCAAUAUCAGGAAAAAAACAAUUUUCCUGACCAAGUAAGAGACAUUUAAUAAAUACUAUUCUUAUAGUUUUACAUACGCUGGGUACUCACUGCAGCCGAUGCGAUUCUUUGGAGAAUGCAGUGCCAAGACACAUGCGCACAGGAUCGUUUUUAAUGAUGGUCCAUUCAGACUGCCACCGGCAAUCAGCAGGCAGCAUCGCAUCGUCUAGUUUUCACGGAACAGCGUUGGAUUCAUCGUACGGCAGCCAAACUUGGCAGUAUAUGUUUAAGCAUUUUAAAAUGCUAAUACAGUAUUUGGCAUUUUAUGCCAUGUUGAUGGGUGCCUCAGAUGUAUUGGCCAAGUAGAAGAAAUAAUUGUUGAAUAGUUUAUUUCCACUUGUUAUUUACUUCACAUUUAUUAAUACUGUACGUUAACAUCCACCGAUAAAAAGUGAAUUCAGUAUUCUAGCGUAUUUAUUUGUUGGUUCCCCCAUUUCGACUUGAAGCGAACUUAUGAGAUGAGUGGCAGAGUUUCCCUAGCCUCCUUUCUGACUGGUUGGUUUGUGAUUGUAUUUGUUGGAGGUGGAAAAACAUUUUACUAUAUUUGAAUUAUGUGAGGAUAAAAUUAGGCAAACAGGCAAAUAAAUUUAGUGGUGCAUGUACAUUUUUCUAAUUUCGUCAAGUAAAAUGUCUAUUUCUAUAUACUCGUACAUUAAGUAUAGUGUUGCAAAGUUUUAUUGUAAAUUAUAUUGCUGAAAGAUAAAUUCAUUGAGCAUAGGACAAGGAUUUUACCAGGAAGUAUGUAUCAUGUUAUAUACGAAUAUAAAUUGUGUUGUUAAGGAAUUUAA